AUGCCUACAUCCUUAACCCUCAACGCCUUCACCCAUCCCCACCCUUGGACACCCUCCGCCAUCCACCUCUCGCCCACUCCAUCUCUCAUCUCUACCCAAGCCUCCAUAACACACCAACUCUACAUCCUAAACUGUCGCGGCCACGAUGCGCGAGACAUGCAGAGAACACUCAACUACAUCACGGCCGAGCUGCGGAUUCGAGAGAUCGAAGACCUCGCUCUAGCAGAAGCCAGUCGCAAAAUCACAGACGCAGAGGGCAAAACCGACGAGAAUAUUGGUGGGGAGAGCAGCGAAGAUGGCAAGACAGGACUCUGGAUCAAGAAAAAAGACGGAGUUGCACGCAUGCGGGAGAUGGAAGAUAAAGAUAAGCGCUGGGAGAGGGAGAGUGGUGGAAACCCGUGGUGGGGUGAAGGUAGGACUGCGCAUCUGUACGGCAAGUAG